GAUUGAUUGAUUGGUUUUUGGUUGAAGAAAUUUUUGUUUUACAAGAAAAAAAUUAUGAAUUCAAAUCAAUGGCCCAGAAUUAUUAUACCCGAUAGAAUAAAUAUAGCCGAAUGGAUGAAUGAAAAAUUUUCAUUAUAUUCAAAACUUUUAUUUUUGGUUGACGAUCAAAAUGAUCGUUAUAUUAGUUAUGGACACGUUUAUGAUGAUAUUCAUCGUUUGAUGAACGUUUUCAGAAAACAAAAAAUAUCAUCGAAAAGCACGAUCGCUAUAAUUACAAAUUCAAAUGAUAACAGUUAUGAACAUAUUAUUACAUUGAUGGCCAUUUUGAUGAUUGGUGCAAAAUUGGUGAUUUUCGAUCAUGAUGAUGACAAUAAUCUAACCAAUGAACAAUUACAACAAGCAAUCAAACAAUGUAACAUCACGAAUUUAGUUGUCAUUUCAUCAUCAUUAAAACAUCAUCAUGAUCCGUAUAAUUUGUGUGAACAAUUCAAGAGUCAUUUUUCCGUAUGGUUUGGCGAAAAAAAUCGACAACAACAACAACAACAACAACGGCAUACAUCGAUUAAUACGGAUGAACAAUGUGACAACAACAUCAGAUAUUACAUGUUAGACAUAUCAAAGGAUUAUAGUCGUUUUAAUCUAGAUAAUGAGAAAUCUGGUCAAACAAUGCGGAAAACAACAGCAACGAAAACCUGUCGUAUAAUUGUAGCCAAGUUCAAGGCUAAAACAAUCAUUACAAAAUUAUAUAAUAUUGAUGAUUUUGAUUUGUUUUUACAAUUAACAUAUGCUACAUUACCUGAAUGUGGUUUUGAAUGGAAUAUGAACGAUAUCAUAUUGAAUAUGAAUGGAAUGUCCAAUUUGAUUAGUAUUUUAGAAUUGCUAAUAAUCCUUUCAAUUGGCGCACAGUUUAUUAUCAAUACUGGUCAUUUAAAAUCCAAUUCCUACGGUCUAUGUAUUGAUCGAUUUGUAAAUUUGAUAAAUAAAUAUAAUGUUACCACAUGUUUAUUAAAUUCACAUUACCUGAUUGAUUUGUUAAAAUGGCCAUCAACAACAAAAACGUUUCAAAUAAAUUCAUUAACAAAAAUUCUACAUUUUAGUCAACCAUUUCAUUCGAAUAUAAUCAAGGAUUUGCGAAACAGGUUUGAACAAAUUCAAACUUGUCGUUUUGUUUUAUAUUCACUGGAUUCAAAUGGUUUUGCUAUGAUUCAAUCAAUAUCAGAACCAAUAUCUUAUAUGGAACCAUGGCCAAUGAUUGAAAUAAAACUUUUAGAUUGGAAUACGGAUAAUAUUAUUGACGUUAGUAAUAAUGAUAAACAACAACAAGGACAACCUGGUCAUUUAUAUAUUCGAUUUGAUUGCCAACAACAACAACAAUCGGAUUGGAUUAAUACUGGUUUUAUUGGAUUUUAUGAUUACAAACACCGUUUACAGAUUAUCGAUCGUAAUAAAAAUUUUAUAAAAAUACAGGAAAAACGUUUUUCAAAAACAUUAAUCGAAACAAUAUUAUUAUCAUUACCAUCGAUACAACGAGCUUCGGUAAAAUCAAUUAUUGAUGAUGAUGAUGAUGGUCAAUCCAUUUUGACCAUCGAUAUAACAAUGAAUGAAUCAAAUGAACAAUCAAAUAAUACUGUGAAUGAAUUUCAAAAACAACUUCAACAUUAUUUUGACAAAAAUAUUAUCGAAAAAUUUAAAUUUAAUAUU